CACUCGAACAAUCGUCCAAAUAGUGGAAUCCACGUCCACGUGUACCGUGUACGUGUAAUCUGAGUUGUGAGUUGUUAGCGCAAACAAACGAGUGAUAUUAUGUUUUCACGAAUUUCAAAAAGAAAAGUUGCUGCCUUAGUUGCGAUUUUAUUUAUGGACGAAGAUGACGAGAAACCUGUGAAAAAGAGAAAAUGGUGUGAACAGUGGUCGUUGGACAGAGACAGAAACAAUUCCAACGUGAGUUUAUUGAAAGAACUUGAAGAAAAAGAGCCCCCCGACUAUGACUUAAGGAUGGAUUCUGAUGCAUAUACCUCCUUGCUGGCUUUACUUUGUGAUAAAAUUACUAAAAGAGAUACAAUUAUGAGAAAAGCAAUAUCUGCCGAAGAAAGGUUAGUGGCUACACUAAGAUUUUUGGCAACAGGAUGUUCUUACGAAGAUCUGAAAUUCAAAACCGGAAUUUCACCUCAAGCGUUAAGCAAGAUUAUACCAGAGACGUGCAAGGCGAUAUACGAUGCACUGAAAACGAAUUAUUUAAAGGUACCAUCAACAGAAGCUGAGUGGAAAGAAGUAAGCAAUGGAUUCCAGGAUCAUUGGCAAUUCACUAAUUGCUUAGGCGCAAUCGACGGAAAACAUAUAAACAUGAAAAAACCAGGCAAUAGUGUAGUACUAUUGGCUAUAGUAAAUGCAAAUUACGAAUUUAUAUAUGUUCAUACUGGAACAAAUGACCAAAUGACCUCCGAUGGGGGAAUAUGGUCGCAAACAAAGCGGGUACUCGCCAAAAAUAUAAACAUACCAAGCCCCACUGAACUGCCAGGAACAGAAGAUAAGGUGCCUUAUGUUUUCAUUGGAGACGAAGCAUUUCCACUAAUGGAAAACUUAUUGACACCGUAUUCUCAAAAAAACCCAACUUAUGAAGAAAAAGUAUUCAAUUAUCGCUUAUGUCGAGCUCGCAGAGUUGUGGAAAAUGUUUUUGGGGUAUUGGCUUCGAGGUUUCGGAUAUUUCAACAGCCAUUUAAUAUUAAUUUGGACAAAAUUGAACUUGUAAUAUUAGCAUGUUGUGCGUUGCAUAAUUUUUUGCGGAAGACAUGUAAAAGUAAUUAUAUUACUGAAAAGUGCAUCGAUCGUGAAGAUAUUAACAAUGGCACUGUAAUACCUGGUGAAUGGAGACAACAAACCGGGAGCAGUAUGACCAAUUUGGAAAACACAAAGAUCACAAACGCUAGUUUUUUUGCAAGAAAUAUAAGAGAAACAUAUAAAAACUAUUUUAACAAUGUUGGUAAGGUCUCGUUCCAAGACCAUAUGGUAAAAUAAUAACAAAAUAAAUACUAAAUUUGACGCAAA